GAGCCGGCGCCGCCAUUUCCUCCAUUCCGCCGCCAUUUUGCAGCGCGGGGGGGAAAUCCUGAUUGAAAAAAAACCCCGGGACAACCUCACCCGAGAACCGGGAAGAAAAGUGGGCAAUAACUCGCCCGCAAGUUGGGGAGAUCCGACUAGCUCCAGUUACUAAGUGUGUCUGCGCGCCGUCCCCCACCCGUUAAGUCUGAGCUCUAGCCCGGGAUUGUGGACUGAUCUGGGUUAAUGUGUUGAGCAUCAAAGUCUCAUAAUGUCUGCCCCAUCAACACCAAAGAUUGUGCUGAAAAGCACAACCAAGAUGUCGCUGAACGAGCGCUUUACCAACAUGCUGAAGAACAAACAGCCUCCAACGGUGAGCAUUCGAGCAACGAUGCAGCAGCAGCAACUGGCAAGUGCCAGAAACCGCCGUUUGGCGCAGCAAAUGGAGAACAGGCCCUCUGUCCAAGCUGCUCUCAAGUUGAAGCAGGUGAGCAACAACUUCCUGGUGACGUUUUCUUCUCCAUCAUCCCAGGAUUUCCAUGGCAUGCAUCAUUCUCCAGUUAUGCUUUCUGAAAAUGGUCUGCUCUACAUCUGAUGACCGUGCUCUCCAACCAGCUGUUAACCCAUGUGUAAGAGUUCAUGUGAGCGGUAGCACCUUUUACUUGUUUCCUCUCCCCACGGAGGGAACUGUAUAGUGACUUCAGCUGUAUUGAAAUGAAAUGAAAGGAGUUCUUAUGGAGGACUGCAGACAAGAGACUACUGAAUCAUGUGCCUUACUGACUGACCACUUUUUUUUCCCAGAAGCUGUUGGAUCUUGAUGCAUUUUUCCCAUGAUUUCAGGUGCCGAUAGCAACUUAAUGUAUAGAAGUGCUCUGAAUUCACCCAGGCCGUUUAAGAAAUGUUACCAUUUAUAAUGUAGUUUAAGGAAAAUAAUUCAGUAGUAAGUCCAAGUGAUAUCUUUGAAGCUAUUCCUUCAAGGGGGAGUAUUUUUUUUUUGUUUGUGUUGCUGGCCUCCCACCUAACAGUACAAAUCUGCUCCCCAGCCCCUGGGUGCGUGGUGCAAUGUGACUUCUCACUGGGUUCAAAUUAUAUUGAAGGAAGAGAUUUCUGAAACGUAAACUUUGGAAAAAAUGCAAGUCUUCAGAAUGACACGGCUUCAGUGAGUGCAAGACCUUCUCCCCAAUCGGGGACGUAGUUCACCUCAAAUUUGUACAAACACCAAAGUGAAACAUGGAAAAACAAAAUCAGAUGUUAAAUUGCUAGGUAUUUUGACAUUACUCUAAAGGUUACAUUAGGAUACAUGUUGGGUUUCAGAAGGGAGUUAUACUGGAGGUAGCAGAAAUCUUUAAUCCUCUCAAUUUUAGAGUGGCGUCAGAAAGCUCGAUGACUGUGAAUGUUAACCCAUUUCGAAAAGGGAGGGAUAAGCUUUUCUUGAAGCUGAGGAGGUCAGGGGAAAACCUAAUAAAGGUCUACAAAAUCUCAGAUGUUGACAGUCUGUGUUGUGGAUCUGAGGGGAAACAAGGAUUUUUUUUUUCUCUUGCAAAUGUGUUGACACCCAGAGGUCAUAACAUUUUCCUUUCAAAGAAUAGCAUCUCAAAAUUUUUCUAUAUGACCUAAUGCUCAAGAUUGACAAACAGGUUUCUCUCAUGUUAGAACAUGGCUAAUUUGUCAGAAACCUAGUGGUUUGCUGACUCAUGCUUGAGCUCAUUUUCAGGGUGAUCGUGCACUAACUGUGUUGCAUAUUUCAUUGUCGAUUUUCAUUUUGUAGUUUAAUUUUGCACUUUAGUGGCUCUUGUAUGUAUGUAUGUGACAAAACUAUGAAGAGACGAUGGCGUUCUUGCUGGAUUAUUAUUAAUCCAGAGACCAAAGUAAUAUUCUGAGGAGCUGGGUUCAAAUUCUGCCAUGACCAAUGAUGAAAUUUAUCCUCACUGGAAAGAAAAGUUGGAGUUAGUGUCAAAUGAUGACCAUGAAACCAUUGUUGAUUGUCAUAUAAUCCCGUGUGAUUUACUAAUGACCUUUA